CUUGUCAAAAUGGAACCCCAAGUCACACAGAACACCUUCUGCACCUACACAGACACAAAGACCAAGUCCGACACAACCAUCUUCUUCAUAUCCGGAAAUCCAGGAUUAAUCGGGUACUAUCACCCCUUCCUAUCCCUGCUAGCGCAGAACCUGGUCAACGGAUCCCAAGUUGAAUCCACAGAUGAAACACCACCAAAGCAGACCUCCUUUCAGAUAUACGGAUGCAGUCUCGGUGGCUUCGAAAUUCCACCUCCAACCAAGGAUGAAAGUGGGAGCAAUCCUAAAGACAGAGCACAUUUCAAAAACCAUGUAUACAGUCUCGAAGACCAGAUUCGGUUUGUGCACCGGAAACUUCUGGAUUUGAUCCACGGAAAUACAAUCCUUUCAACGAAUGAUCCUGCGGGUGAGGGAUUUGAUUCUGCAUCUCCAUAUCACUCUUCGAUCUCUAAACCGAAACAAAAAGUCAUUCUCAUUGGACACUCCGUCGGUGCAUAUAUCGCCAUGGAAGUCUUAAGAAGACAUAGGGAAGGUAUACCAGAUAUAGAAAGCUCUAUUCCUGAAGCUUUUUCUUCGUCGAGUUCGAGUGGAAAUUCCUUCGAUAUAAUCGGUGGCGUGAUGCUUUUCCCAACAGUAAAAGAUAUUGCGCACUCGCCCUCCGGUCAGAAAUUGACGACUCUGCUAUCUUUUAUUCCGCAGCUUGCUGUUCUUGUGGCCUUCUUCGCCCGUCUACUUACCUCGGUUCUUCCAGUCUCGACUUUGAAAUCUGUUGUGAGGUCUGUGAUGAAUGAUCCACCAGUUCAUGGUCUUGAGACGACGGUUGAAUUUUUGAGGAGUGCUGGGGGUGUGCGGCAGGCGUUACAUAUGGCAGCGGACGAAAUGCGCACUAUCACAUCUGAUAAAUGGACAGAUGAUGUUUGGGGUGUUGGAUGUGCAUCCGAGCCUAUCUCGCGGUUAUUCUUCUACUUUGGAAGGAAUGAUCAUUGGGUUGCGGAGAAGACCCGUGAUGAAGUUAUUGCGUUGAGGGGACAGGAGAAGGGAUUGGGACCAAAGAUGUUUGUUUGUGAGGAGGGUCUGCCACACGCAUUCUGUUUGAAGCAUAGUGAUAUUAUGGCUCAAAAGGUUGCGAGUAUGAUACAGGAGAUUGUGCAGGUUUAA